AAAUAUUAAAUAUUAAAUAGCGUAAGACGACAGUCUUAGGUGAAGACCUGCAAAACUCAAACAAAACUCACAAACAAAUUUACAAAAUUAUACUCCGAUCACUCUCCGAACAACUUUAGGGUUUUAAUUUCCUUUUCAUUUCGCCUUUUAAUUCUAUGCUCUCUCCCCCACCGUAACGGCGGGGGUUCUCUCCACCACCGUCAAAUGUCUCUUCUCCGAUCGUCGACCGUUGAUCGCACAAUCCCCCCGGCUGCUAUCAACGGCCACGAUCAUCUCCACCGUGCGGCAACCAAGCGCAAACUCGACGAUUACGCCGCUAAUUUCGACGAGGAUGAAGAGAACGGCGACUUCAGCAGUUUCAACGGCCUAGUCUCCUCCGUCAGGAUGCGAAGAGACGAUUCUACCCCUGUGACCGGCGUGGACUUGUCCUCCACUCAGAUUCAACAAUCUCCUGUGCCUGCUACGCUCCCCUCCCGCCGCGUGUUGGAUGCAAAACCAGCUUGCUUUCCCUGCUCCAGCUCUCUCCCAGGCCCCGAUAAAUCGUCGCCGAUGCUUCAGUUUUUUGUGAAAAUGAUGUCCGGUGGUAAUCAUCUCGUCAUACAAGCGAAUUCCGAGGAUACAGUGAAGUUCAUUCACGAAAAAAUUAGCUUAAUAACUGGAAUUCCAGUUACAGAGCAGAGGUUAAUUUAUAAAGGCAAGCAACUCCAGUGCGAGCGCACACUGGCCGAGUGUUCCAUUCAGAACGAUGCUGGUCUGCAAUUGGUAGGUAGAAUGCGUAGUACUAAGCAUCCCCAGACUUGUCAAUUGCUCGAUGAUAUGGUUUCGUUUAUUUGUCGCCUUUGUAAAGGCCCUUGUUAUCCCAUCACUUGUACGUCACAGCGUAUUAAGAAUUUGAUGAAUGAGUUCUUUAGUUUAACUCCUAAGGAUGAUAAUGAGUCUGCCAUUGGUCAUCUUCAAAUUUUUAUAUCAUCUUCUGCUCCUGCUGCUUUGGUUAUGCUUUAUAUUUCCAAUAUUAAAGGUAAUAAGGAGUGUGCUGAGAGUUCUGUUAGGCAUUUUCUGAAUUCGUGCAGGAGUUCAUUGCCCAAGUCUUUGCAUAAUCAGUGUGCACCGAUAGUGUUAGAGUUCUGUAAGCUGCUUAGGACUGUUUCUUAUAAUGACUCGUUGUAUCUCUCUUGCCGGAGUACUCUUGGGUCGUUGUUGGGGAGCAUGGGGGUUUGUCGUGGGGAGGAUGUAAAAGGUUUGAUUGUGUUAGAGGAUGUUUUUCCAUUUGUUAGUGAAUUAGCCGGUAGGCUGUUCUCCGAACUGGAUUCAAGUGUGUCUGAAAACAGUGCAGGGCCUUCGUUGAGCGAUGUUAGGGACUUCUCAGCCUUCUUGCACCCGAUUCAUACCACUAUUAAAGAGCGAUUUGGGUUUUGGGGUCCUAUUGCUAUACCUUUGGAAAAGAGUGGUUCUAGCCAUCCAGUAUUUGUGCAAGAGAUUGAGAAUCUUUAUAAUAUUUUUGAGGGUUUAAUGUCAAAGAUGGAUAGUUGUCUGACUAAAAUGCAGGACUUUAUGCCUUUGAAGGCAAAUGGGCAAGGCGACUCUACUUGCACAAGGUGGUCUCAGUACCUUGUCAUUUUGAAGGAAUUGAAUAACAUUGCCAAACAUUAUAAAGGAGCUGAAGAAAAAUUCUGGUCGUUUAUGCGAAGAUCAAAGGCUUCUCUAUGUGUUCUAAUUGUUAAAUUUGCAAAACGAAACGAUGAUCAUCAGUGGCUUCUUCCGCAUAAAGAUGUGACUAAUUUUGAGUCCAGAAGGCAUUUGGCCAUGUUGUUGUUUCCAGAUGUUAAAGAAGACUAUGAGGAGCUGCAUGAGAUGCUCAUUGACCGGUCACAGUUGUUGGCAGAGUCUUUUGAGUACAUUGCACGUGCAGAUCCUGAGUCUCUUCAUGGUGGUCUAUUUAUGGAAUUUAAAAAUGAGGAAGCAACUGGACCUGGUGUGUUGCGGGAGUGGUUUUUCUUGGUAGUCCAAGCUCUAUUCGAUCAACAAAAUGCACUCUUUAUUGCAUGUCCAAAUGAUCGCCGGAGAUUCUUUCCUAAUCCUGCAUCUAAGGUGGAGCCUUUGCACCUUGAUUAUUUUACCUUUUGCGGUCGAGUGAUUGCAUUAGCAUUGUUGCAUAAAGUGCAAGUAGGUAUUGUUCUUGAUCGGGUAUUUUUCAUGCAAUUGGCUGGAAGGCGUAUUUUCUUAGAAGACAUACGGGAUGCAGAUCCAUGCUUAUACAAUAGCUGCAAGCAGAUUCUUGAGAUGGAUGCCGAUUUUAUUGAUUCAGAUGCUUUAGGAUUAACAUUUGUUAGAGAGAUUGAGGAGUUAGGAUCCAGGAGAAUUGUGGAACUCUGUCCGGAUGGCAAAAGCAUUUCUGUAUCAAGCAAAAAUAGAGAUGAAUAUGUAAACCUGCUCAUUCGACACCGCUUUGUGAUAUCUACCUCUGAUCAGGUUUCUCGUUUUGCACGAGGGUUUGCAGAUAUUCUUUGUAACUCGGGCCUUCAGAAUUUUUUCUUCCAAAGUAUAGAGCUUGAAGAUCUUGAUUGGAUGCUUUAUGGAAGUGAAAGUGCCAUUAGUGUUGAAGAUUGGAAAGCACAUACAGAGUACAAUGGCUACAAGGAAACUGAUCCUCAGAUAUGUUGGUUUUGGAAGAUAAUUGGCAAAAUGUCACCAGAGCAGAGAAGGGUUCUUCUCUUCUUUUGGACAUCAGUAAAGCAUCUUCCAAUUGAAGGUUUUCAUGGGUUGGCAUCGAGACUUUAUAUCUACAAGUCUGGAGAUCCAGAAGAUCGGCUUCCGUCGUCCCAUACAUGUUUCUACAGGCUGUGCUUCCCACCUUAUUCGUCCAUGGCUGUCAUGCAAAAUCGUCUUAACGUGAUAACCCAAGAGCAUGUCGGAUGCAGUUUUGGUACAUGGUGAAGCAUUGCAUACAAGGGUUCUAAAAGUGCACAUAGAAACAAAGAUUUGUACUCAGUUUGUACAGAUAGGAUCAUGUCAUCAGAUGUCAUUAGACUUAAUGUAAGGAGGUGAUUUAGUUAUUUAUGUUGUUGUGAUUCCGUUGCUGUGUUUUUUGCCGACUUUUCCAUAUAGGUAAAGCGUAAAUACUGGGGGCGACAAGGGAUAAAAUGUCCCUGCUUCCAUCGACUUGAACAUCACCUGCUUUUCAUCAGCUGUAAGUAGACAGAUAUUAUAUUACAAUGACAUCUCAAUCAAUGGAAAUAUUAGAUUCUGAGUA